AACCAAUAGGUGGAACAUCGAGAACCUAACCCUGGUAUAUAUGUCAACACAACCAUCAGGGAGAGACUCGCCGGCCAGGAUGUUGAGGUUGGCUGUGUUUGUGGUGUGUUUGGCCUCUGCCCUGGGGUUCAACACGCUGGUCUUGGUGGACACACUAGCCACCCGGGAGACCCACUCCAUCUUUCUUAAGUCCCUUCAAGAACGUGGCCAUGAAGUGAGUGUAAAGGCAGCAGACGACCCAUCCUUACAGCUGUCUCGGUAUGGGGAGUAUAUCUACCAGAACCUGGUGAUUUUGGCUCCUGGUGUGGAAGAAUUUGGUGGUGCUCUUAGUGUUGAGACGAUUGUGGAGUUUGUUGACGGGGGUGGCAACGUGCUAGUGGCAGGCUCCCGUGAUGCUGCAGACUUGAUUCGUGAACUAGUGACUGAGGUUGGGGUCGAGAUGGACGAGGAGGGGGCAGCCGUUAUUGAUCACCUUCACUAUGAUGCCAAUGAUGAUGGCCAGCACACGCUCAUCGCUGCUCCUAGCUCGGGGUUAAUUGAGUCAGAGGUAAUGGUAGGACCAAGGGAUGCUGUUCCACUUUUGUAUCGUGGAACUGGAUUGAUCACUGAUGCUGACAACCCUCUGGUGCUGCCUGUGUUGAGGGCCCCUUCCACUGCCUACUGUUAUAACCCAACACAGUCCAUCUCUGAUUAUCCACAUGCUACAGGUCAGAACAUGCUGUUGGUAGCAGCACUGCAGGCCCGCAACAAUGCCAGGGUUGUGGUAUCCGGCUCCCUCGAGUUCUUCUCUGAUGCAUUUAUCAUGGCCUCUGUUCAGACACCACAGGGCGCUUUCUACGAACGCUCGGGAAAUGGUAAAGUAGUGGAGGCCCUGAGUCAGUGGGUGUUCAAGGAGGAGGGUGUCCUUCGUGUUGUGUCGGUACAGCACCAUCUACAGGGCGAGAAAGAGCCCCCAGUAGCCUACACCAUCAAGCAGGAUGUGGAAUACAAGAUCAAGGUUGAGCGGCUGGUGGAUGGAGUGUGGAAACCUUUCAUGUCUAAUGAUCUUCAGGUGGAAUUUGUACGCAUUGACCCAUUCAUCAGGUUGAUUAUGACGCCCAACAAGGAUGGUGUUUUCUCUGUGACGUUCAAGGUGCCUGAUGUGUAUGGUGUGUAUCAGUUCAAGGUGGAAUACAAUCGAGUGGGCUUUACUCGGCUCUUCAGUACAACUCAGGUUUCUGUGCGACCAUUCACCCAUGUGGAGUACGAGCGGUUCAUCGAGUGUGCAUACCCUUACUAUGCAAGUGCAUUUUCCAUGAUGGUAGGAGUCUUCCUCUUCUCCAUGGUGUUCCUCCACCACAAAGAGUCACCUCAUAAGACUAAGGCAGAAUAAUGUUUUGUUAGUUACAUUAUACAAAACAUGCUAAUGAAUUUUCUAGCUGAUUACUUAUUGUAGAUUUUUGGGGGUAGGGUGACCCCCUUUUUCAUACAUUUCCAUACAAAUACUGUAUGUAUUUUCUGCAUAUAAUAUCUUGGGUUAGGUAAAUGCAUUCUUAAGUUUGUACAAAUACUGUAAUAGCUUUUUGGAAGAAUAUUUUAUUUGUUUUCUACACCCUGGUUUUAAAAAUAUCAUUCAGAAAAUUCCUUGGCACUAGUGAUGGUGAUGAGUGAACUGUUAAAUAUGUAUUGAUUUACCAUCUUAAGUGAAACUGGAUUAACAUUUGAUGAAUAAAAUGUUUAGUAAU